ACACCACGGGAGGGGAAAGCCACCACCCAGCUAGGUGAGGUGUGCCAGCAAAGGUCAUGGGGGUCUCCCUGACAUCCCCAGCCCUGGGACGCAGGUUCUGCCAUGCAACUCCUUUCGCUAUCCUCGCGCUGUUAUUUCUUUACACCAGUGUGAGACUCUUUCAUGAGUGGCCUCUUGUGUUACCGGCUCAGAGAAAUCUGCAGUCCAGCCUGUGGGAACUCAAGCCCCCUUCUCCUUCUCCAGUCCUUACUGCCUUACUUCAGAUCACCUCCGGUAUCCUGACAGGAUGCAGGCCCGGGGUGCAGUCCUGCAACCCGGAGGGACCGCUACCUUCCCAGAUCGGUCCAGAGUUGACAGCCCUGGUGGUCCCGGAGAAGGAAGAGCCUCCCUGUCUGGGGCCUCAAGGGGUGCUGGGUCGCAUGAUGAGCCCCUUCCUGGCCUGUUUGAGCCCCGAAGGGGAUGUGGCGUUGUCUCAGUAUCUGGCAGGAUGGAGGGAACUCCUCAGGUUCCUAACCCCGCUUGGCUCUGUUUUCGCCUUUGCCACCAGUGAGGCCUUCGUCAAAGUGACCGCCCUUGAGGCUUGCGUGCACGGCCCUGAUGCUUUGCACUACGCGUCGCUGGCUACUAUGGCGACGUGGGAGCGGCAAGCAGGACUACUGGAGCCCCGGGACCCAGCCAGGGCCUCGGGUUCUCGAACGCUGCUUUUGCUGCACCGCGCGCUGCGCUGGUCCCAGCUCUGCCUCCACAGGGUGGCGACAGGGACGCUAGGAGGUCCGGAUGCGGGCGUGCAGUGCGGGGACGCCUACAGCACCGCGCUGGCCGAGCACCACCCAUGGCUCAUCCGCCAGGCCGCCCGCCUGGCCAUCCUCGCCCUCCCGAGUCGCGGCCGCUUGCUCCAGCUGGCAUGUCCCGGAACCAGAGAGGCAGACGCGCGGGUGGCCCUGGCCCGGGCCGCCCGAGUGCUGGAGGGAGUCUACAACCGAACCCAGAGCCUGCUGACCCGCCACGGCCUGCUCCAGCUGGCUUGAUGACCGCGGUGUUAGCGCACUGACCAGGAAGGCGUUGUUAAAGGGAGGGAUCUAUACACCAAGGACCGGGCGACCUGGGUAGCCGUCCUCCUCCGUGAGGUCACCAGUUAAGGCGCGCCCCCAGCAGGGUAGAGUACGUGGUGUGAGAUCCUCACAUCCUCAGCCUCACCAAGCUGCAAGGAGCAAUGAGGAAUAAAGAAUUCUUUAGUAGCUGUCGA